AUGCCGGAGAAGCGCAAGCACCAGGAUGUCCUGACCUUGGACCUUGUCAUCGCAACGCGCGAGAACACCCAGAACUUGGGCUAUUUCGUCGACGACACCGUCGUGAACCCUGGUUUGGGCAUCCCAUUCUACAAGACCGUCUUGGAGGGUGCGAACUACGAGCACGCUGACUGGAAGGACCAGGCAUGCGUGCGCACCUCACAGAUCCACUGGAGGGAAGAUCAUAGUGUUUCGUGGCUUGAGCGCCACAUGGAAAUGACCCAAGGCUUUAUAGUGAUAGGGAAGAAUCCGGGCUUAUUCGUGCUUGGGGAGCCCACGCAUGAUCGCGAUGACUUGGAUGAGAAGGCUCGGGCCAAGCCUGACCCGGAGCGAGUCAGAGCUUACAUCAUCCCAGCAGGCAUGGGCUUGAUCUUGAGGAAGGGUACUUGGCACGAUUUCCCCGUCUCUUGUGGCCCGCCGGUGUCUGCCUUCAUUAUCAACACAGAGGAGGUCGUCGAGGCUUUAGCAACCAUGCCCAAAGCGGCGCCCAUGAACCAUGGGGAUUGUCUUAAGCUUCGCCUGGCAGAGCACUUCGACUUCACCAUCAAGUUCCCGGACCCUCGCCCUUUUGUUCAACGACACGGAUUGGCACCUAGCCCAGUGGCUUUGCCUCUCAUGGGCAAGGAGGGCUAUGGCACUGGCAUGACACGGCAGGAGGUGAAGCCAGGCUGGGCUGGGGGCAAGAAGGUCUUCGUGAUUCCAGUCGUGAAAGUGGAGGUUUUUGUUCCGGGCAGCGGAGGGCCUUCUAUCCAGCCGCAUUUGCAGUCAAUUCCUGAAGUUGCCAACCGGGGAUGGCGUGACUACGGCAAUCGUCGCGGAUUGCAGCGACUUUGUGCCAUGUUCAAGGAGCUAGGCAUACCUGCCACAGCAGUCGUGAACAGCGAAGCCGCAAAGCUGGAGAACGUGGCCAAGGCACUGAAGGAGUCUGGCUGGGAGCUUGGUGCGCAUGGCCUCAACAACUCCUCCGGCGCUGCCAAGCUGAGCAGGGGCGAAGAAGAAGCGUACUUCAAGCAAACCCUUGAUGAUCUUCAGCAGAGCCUCGGCGCACGGCCCAAGACCUGGCUGACCCCGGGCUUCUCCGUGACGGAGCGCACCCCGGAGAUUGCUGUGCAGUCUGGCAUCGAGGCGUUCCUGGACUUCGUAGACGACGAUGUCCCUUACUACCUCUCUCACGAAGGCGGCAAGCGCACUUUGUGCUUGCCUUACUGCAUGGAGACCAACGAUUUCUCCUGCGUUCUGA